ACAAAAGAAAAGGCCUUAACCAAAACCAAAAGCCACCGACAAAUCAAACGAAGAAAAAAGAAAUGGAAGAUCGAGAGAAGAAGAACAAUAACAAGAAGCAAAAGCACCACCACCAACCCGGCGCCGCCACCGCCAAUCCACCACUUUCAGAUUUCUCCUUCAAGCCUUCCGCUGCCGUCAAAGGCCUCCGAUUCGGCGGUCAAUUCGUCGUUAAAUCCUUCACAAUCCGGCGAGCUUGGACUAUAGAAUUUCUCCAACUCCUCUCUCUACCACCGCACCACGACAGCAACCGUCUUCCAUUCAAUUCCACCGCCGCGUUCCUCCCGACGAAUUUCACUAUUUUAGCGCACCACGCUUGGCAUACUCUGACUCUCGGCCUCGGCACCAAGAAAUCGAAGGUGAUUCUGUUCGUUUUCGCAACGGAGGCUCUAAAAGUCGCCGCUGGCCGUCUUUGGCCGGUGGAAAUCCCACUUGGCGAGGCGAAUCGGCGGCUGAUUCGGGGUCUCAGCGGCUGCGAGAUGGCUAGAUUUAAAUAUAGAAAAGGAUGCCUAACUUUUUAUAUCUAUGCGGUCCGCGAAAAAGGCUGCUUCGGAUUCUCCGCCGCCGAUGAUUUAAACACAAUUUUGCAGGCGGUUACUGCGCUCAAUGAUUUCUUGGACCACACCGCUAUGCUUGCCUUGCCGAAUCAGAGAAACAUUAGUUAUGACAGCGGCGGCAGCGGCGGCGGCAACAGCAACAACAACUUUACAACGCCGCCGGUGGCCGUUGUUCAUUGAAUUCCUCCAAAAUUGAUCUCCGAUUCCGAUCUUCUAUUUAAUUUUAAAGUUUAAUUUAUUGUUUGAGAUUCAAUUCCUGCAACUUUCCCCCCUUCCUUUUGAUGAGUUAGAUUGGAUUCUAAUCUUUUACCUGGAAAAUGAUACACUUAACAAUGUUGGUAGUUAUGAUUUUCGUAUCAAUGGUCAUUUUCUCGGGAAAGAAUGCAAUUAAAUCAUCAAUUAAAGUGGAGUUUUCGUUCU